ACUACGCAUGCGCAGAUGAACCCGGAAACGCAGGCGUUAACUACUGCUAACCACCAUGGAUGUUGCUAACUAACAACGACCGACCGACUCUCCGAUGCUGGAAUCAUGUCUUGAAAAAAAAGGAGACUAAAAGGUUCUACUACAGUUAUUUCCAAUCUCAACCAUGGUCUGCUGCCAUUCUUGCCCCAGAUUAUGCUCGCGCUCCUCGGUCUACACUCUGGCCCUGGGUGUCGGCUUUGUAACCUUGGGGACCAGUCGCAUCCUGCUGCUCAAGUUUUCUGCCAAUGCUGAGAACAAGUAUGACUUUCACCCUGCUUCUGUUAAUCUACUUGCUGAGGGACUCAAGCUGCUCUUCUGUCUGGUUAUGUCCAUUAGGGUCAUAGUCCGAGAGGGGAGAUCAUGCAGAGAAUUAGGAUAUUCUUCCAGUACCUCCCUCCUUAUUUCUCUGAAGUGGGCUGUCCCUGCUUUCCUCUAUUUUCUCGACAACCUCAUCAUCUUCUAUGUGAUGACCUACCUACAGCCUGCAAUGGCAGUGUUGUUUUCCAACUUUGUCAUCUUAACUACAGCUGUUCUCUUCAGAAUUGUUCUCAAGAGGCGUCUGUCCUGGGUCCAGUGGGCAGCCUUAGUUGUCCUCUUCCUGUCCAUUGUUUCCCUGACGACCGGAUCGGGGGGAAGCCAACACUCAAUAGUAGUGCCAGCUCUCCACUCUAACCCACUCUCCACCCCCUCCAACUCGUGCCUGCUCUACACACAGCUUCUAGAGCAGAUGAGGAACAGCAGUGUCAAUGAAUCGUGGGCCAUGCCCCUUCCUGGGCAGGAAUGGAGGGACCGGAUCGUAAAGAAGCUUCAAUCUAUAGGCUUCGGUUACAUCCUGUUGAUUCUCCAGUGUUUUAUCUCCGCUAUGGCCAACAUCUAUAAUGAAAAGCUUCUCAAAGAUGGAGACCAACUCACUGAAAGCAUCUUCAUACAGAACAGUAAAUUGUAUGCCUUUGGACUGGUUUUUAAUGGUCUAACCCUUGGACUUAGCAGGGAGGCUCGAGGCAUUACCAUGCACUGUGGUCUCCUACAUGGACACAACAUCUUCUCCCUGGGCCUGGUGCUGGUCACUGCUGCUCUGGGUUUAUCUGUGGCCUUCAUCCUGAAAUUCAGAGACAACAUGUUCCACGUGUUGACGGCACAGGUCACCACCGUUCUGGUUACCACCCUCUCCCUCUUCCUCUUCAAUUUCCACCCUUCACUAGACUUCUUCCUCCAGGCUCCCAUAGUUCUAUUGGCCAUCUUUAUCUACAAUGCCAGCCGGCCCAAAGACCUAGAAUACAGCCUGCAGCAGGAAAAGCUUCGGGUUAUCAACGGAGAGGUGUUCGAGAGGUCCAGAGGGGAUGGCGAGGAGUUGGAGCUACUGACAAAGCCCAAUACAGACAGUGAAUCUGAUGAGGAGUCACUGUAAUAUUGUGUUAACGCUCACCUAUGAGGAAGAAGUGUUCUUUCUUGAUUGGCCCUGAUGGUAAACUAAACCAUAGACUCCUGUGACGCCGUCUGCCGAAGCAUUUAUUGAAAAGAUCAGUGAUUUUUUUUUUUUUUUGAUGAACUUGUAGUAAACAUGUUUGCACUUUCUUUAUGACAGGUGAAAAAAAACCUGAGGAUUUUGUAAAUAUUGAAAUGUGCCUGUCUGUGUAAAAGUGCUGUCUGUUUUAUACCACAAGAAACCCAACUCAUUUCAUUUUACAGUAUGCUCUGGAGAAUUGUUUAAGGGCUUCUGUUUGAGACAGAUUGUUUUCUCCGGGGAUUUUUGCUGUAUGUGUAACUUUUGAUUUGGUUAAAAGUGAUGUGAGAAAUGAAAUGACCAGCGGCCACAUUUUUGCCAGUUCUGUGAAUGUAUCAGGCUAUUGUUACUGAGGUGGAAACAUUUAGGGUCCCAGUAGCUUCAAAAAGGACAAUUUAAUUGUAAUUGUAGCUUUAUAAACAUAUAAAAGACUGCUUAUCCAGCUACGAAGGGUGGGAUGGACCUCACCCAUCAGCAUUUGUUUUGUAUCGUGAAAAGCACAAACUUGCUUGAGAUUCUCUUACUUGGCCUUGAACUUUUUUGUUACAUGUCUGAGUAUUAUUUGAGAUACUAAGAAAUAUUUCUCUUAUAGUUUUGUUUGUGCCAUACUUCAAUGUACCUGUAUGAAUGCUAAAGCUGCUAUGGAAUAAAUUUCAGAUUAUGUAUACCACUGAAA